GACUAUUUCCUGUUUCUAAACGAAUACAUGAAUAGGUUAAGUCGGAAUAGAAAAUAUUUUUGCAUAACCCACUUUACAUUCUAUUUUUUCUAAAGUUAAAAUAUCGGGCAGUUGGGUUUUCCUACUUCUUUUCAUAAAUUUGCAUUCUAGAUUAGUUGUGUGGCUACAAACCAAUCGGUUGAGUUAGUUGCAAGGCAUCAUGGGAUUUUCAAAUUCUAAUGUGUAAACGGGGUUUUAAUGAAUAUAAACUUAUUCUUUGAUCAAGAUAGGAUCAUAAAAAGACAUGGCAGUUAAAUGUUUAUUGAUUUUCAUGGCGGUUGCUGCAUAUUUUCAAGGUAUAGAGGCCCGCAGAGCAAGAGUAAGAUUCCGGGGAGGAAGAGGAGGGGGAGGAAGUGACUUUAUCGUUUACCUCGUUAGCUUUGGUUCAGCUAUAAUUGUAGCGUGUUUCUUUGUUUGUGUCCUUUAUUUCUUGCCCACAAUUCGGCGGAUUAAACGCUAUCUGUUUCGCCUUUGUUGUUGUUGUUGCGCAAACCAACAGGCAGUAGCCGAUGCAGGAUUGAAAAACCCCAGCAAUAAACAAAGCUCUGAUGAACAGUUGGACCAACACAUGUUGGAAUUAAUUUUAUUAGCAGAACAGGCUAAACUUGUCACCUACCUUCGUGCCCAGCAAAACAUCGAACAGUCUACUGCAGAUGAGCAAAGUGGUCCAUGGGAACAGAUGGGAUUCUCUCAUCUUAACUCAGACCCGAGGACGUUCAACAUCACGGAGGAAUCCCCAAUGACACCAGAUGUACAAAGUGGGCCUUGGAUACUGAAGGAAAACCCUCAAUUAGAAUUCGUCACAACUAGUCCGAUGACGUCAUAUGACGCAAAUGUCACAGAGAAAACCCCAAUGACAUCUUAUGUAUAAGCAAAAUAAACCAGAUUUUUUACAUUCCGAAAGCUUCCUUUGCUCGAGAAUCUUUUUACAACAAUGGCAUAUUAUUUAUCAUGUUCAGUUUUUGUAGUGUGUUAUAUAGACAUAUGUAUUUGAGAGAGAUACUGUAUUGUAAAAUUGCAAUUCUUUGUUAUAUCAACCAGAAGCUGUGUUCUCAAUAUUAAUACAAAUACGAUUUCAAAAAUUUGUAAUAUUUUAUUUAAAAACACAAUUCUUAGACAAAUCAAAUUAGCUGCUUUGAGCCAGUACGUUUAAUAUCUUUUAAUUACAAUUUUUUGAAUAGGUUUUCAUGACAAUUGGUUUUUUUUUUCUUUUGUCUCAUUGCAAAGCAGUUUAAACUAAUCCUUAUAAAUGUCAUAACCAGACAGAUUUUAUUUCCAAUAAUCUGUUAAGCCACAUUAAUCAUCAAUUUCACUAUGGAGUGAAUGUUCACUUGCAUAACAGCCUAACCAUUGUCUGCUCUCAGUAUUAACAAUGCUUACCUCUUUCAGGCAAGCUCAAACGAAUACUUGCGCUUUUAGCUAUAGGUCUCUACGUUCUAUAAAGGAAAGCAUAAAAUUAUGGAAUUUGUUAACAAUGAACAAAUGUUUAAGUUCAUAAUUUAUAUUAAAUUUUGAAUUAUCGCUCAUGUGACUUUUACAAUACAACCUUUAUCGUUGAUUAGAGGAAAUGUUGUGUUCAUCAUGUUUAUGUUAUAGUGUUAAUAUUUACAGUUUAGUUGUUUGUAAAUGUAUUCUAAUAUAUGAUAUGUUUAUCUAAUAUAUACUUGUACACCAAUGUGUCAUAAGGUACACAAAUUGAUUAAAUUGCCAAAAACAGAUAAUGUAAUGUCACGAAAAAAUGUA